UGUUCUUUUAAUUUCCAAGGAAACCAAUAAUAAUGUCGACUAAAAUUGUCGUAAAAUUUUACGUUAUUUGAAUUAAGUUUCUACAUUUUUUUUCAAAAUCGAGUCUCUGGCUCCAAAUUUGUUAAAAUUCUUUUAGUACAAUCAAAGUAUUCAGUAUGACCUCUUUAUUUUCGAGUCAGGUGCGUUCAUUAGUGCAAAUACUUAAAAUGUUCAAUGUUCCAAGUCGGAGUCAACACGUAAUUCCUGAUCACAUAAAGGAGAUUGCAGAUGAAGUUUCGCCCAAAUUCUUUGAAAUGGUCAGUUAUUUUUUUCAUUCCGCGGCUGCAAAAAUUGAAGAAAAUCUAAUACAUUCCAUGCUUGCCCAAAAGGGCAGCAAACUGACAGAAAAGCAGGCCAAAGCUCGAGUCACGGGUAUUUUCGCUCUGCUACAAAAAUGUUUGUAUGUCGGCGAGUUUAACUUUCCAAUACGUCGCGACGAUGGCAGGUAUGAAGUUAUUGAAGGUUACCGGGCCCAACAUAGCAUGCAUCGGCUUCCAGCCAAAGGCGGUAUACGUUACGCAAGCGAUGUUGACAGAGAUGAAGUUACUGCAUUAGCGUGCUUGAUGACUUAUAAAUGUUCAUGCGUUCAAGUGCCAUUUGGAGGAGCAAAGGCUGGCUUAAAAAUUGAUCCGACACAAUAUUCACUGGGGGAAUUAGAACGGAUCACGCGAAGAUUUGCGCUGGAGAUGGCAAAGAAAGGUUUUAUAGGGCCAGGAAUUGACGUCCCCGCACCUGACAUGGGUACAUCCGAGCGGGAGAUGUCUUGGAUUGCUGACACAUAUUCAAAAACAAUUGGCUAUAAAGACAUCAAUGCUCAUGCGGUGGUAACUGGCAAGCCGAUAAAUCAAGGUGGCAUCAAUGGUCGUGCCCAGGCUACUGGCCGCGGUCUUUUUCAUGGUGUUGACGUAUUUAUUAAAAACUCAUAUUGGACUGACAAGGUGGGACUGGCAGAACCGGGUUGGAAGGGCAAAACAUUUAUAGUUCAAGGAUUUGGUAACGUCGGCUUUCAUGCAGCACGGUAUUUUGUUCGAGCUGGUGCCAAAUGUAUAGGCGUUAUUGAAGUUGACGGGGGAAUUGAAAAUCCAGAAGGCAUCGACCCAAUGGCAUUGUUUGAACACCGUAAGGCCACCGGUUCUAUUAAAGGCUUUGAAGGGUCAACGGAUAUGGAAGGUGAUGAAUUGUUUUAUAAAGAGUGCGAUAUUCUCGUUCCUGCUGCUAAACAACUUGUUAUUACCAAAAGCAAUGCCGAGAAAUUAAACUGUAAAAUUGUCGCGGAGGGAGCGAAUGGUCCCACUACUCCCGCAGCGGAUACAAUACUACAAAAUAGAAAUAUACUCGUUGUACCUGAUCUGUUCAAUAAUGCUGGGGGCGUCACUGUAUCAUUUUUCGAGUGGCUGAAAGAUCUGAACCACGUGUCAUUUGGUAGACUGACGUUCAAAUACGAAGAGGACACGUCCAAACUGAUUUUACAGUCUGUGGCUGAGUCACUUAAGCAACAUUUUGGCGAAGACGUCCCUAUCCACAAAUCUGAUGAGCUGGAUGCAAAGUUACAGUGUGCCUCCGAGAAGGACAUUGUAAACUCAGGACUGCAGUUUACAAUGGAGCGUGCCGCUAUGAACAUACAGGAAGUAGCGAAAAAAUACGAGCUUGGCUUGGACCUUCGAUCUGCUGCAUAUAUCAGCUCGGUCACAAAAAUUGUCGAAACAUACAAUGAUGCCGGUUUGGCAUUUUAAAAUAUUUGUGUUCAUCUUGUGGCUACUACCAAAUAAAAUCGUAUAAUUGUA